AUGCUUCCACACAGCUUUGCGGCCUCUCCCAUUCUCCGUUUCUGCCGUGCUCGCCACCGUCUGACUCUGAAGGCACGACACGCCCUCCUCCGCCUCUUCAAACCAAUCCUAGUCACCCCCCACCGCUCCCAAGUCCUCCCCAUCCACUCCCUCAUCUCAGCUACAGGCACCAGGCUACGUGGCAGUCUUGGAGGAGGAGGCGAGGCUGAGGGAGCUAGAACAGCAGCUGGAGAGAGAGAGAGGAGGAGGAGGGAGGAGGAGGAAGAGCAAGAGUUGUUGGCAGUGGCUGGGGAGACGGGAGUGAGGGAGGUGAGAGUGAGGGAGGGCGAGUGGGAGGAGGGGGGUGCUUGGAUGGUGAAGAUGCCCGGAAGAGGGGAGUCAAGGAGGCUGGAGGACCUCUGUGAGAAAACAAUUGGAUUGGGAGUGGGGAUCGGGUUGGAUCGGGUGGAUAUGUGUUUGGAGCUGGAAAGAGGGGUGGCAGGAGAGGGGGAUGAGGGCACAACAGCAGGCAGUGACGCCAGCAGUGAGGGAGGGCGGCAGAAGAAGCGAGGGAGCAGCGGGGAGGACGCAGGCAGUGGGCGGGUGUUGCGGCGAGGCAAGACUCAGCCAAGCAAGCACAUGGAUCGGGACGGGGUGCCCCGGCGCACAGAGGGGGACCUGCUGAUGCACACGCAUGCAUUGUUAGUAGUGCAGGGCUGCUCUGCUGCUGUGUGCUCUGCUGCAUUGUGCUCUGCUUCUGUGUGCUCUGCUCUUGUGAGCUCUGCUGCUGUGUGCUCUGCUUCUUUGUGCUCUGCUGCUGUGUGCUCUGCUGCUGUGUGCUCUGCUGCUGUGUGCUCUGUUGCUGCUGUCUUUCAUCCCGUCCCUGUCCUGCUCCCACUCUUCCCCUUCCCUUGUGCUGCUGCUUCGUCUGUUCACAGAGGGCACAACGCAGAGAUUCUGGUGCUGGACAACUGA